CAGUUAAAGCAAAAGCACCAGCUCAAAUAGCUUCUUUGGAGGAAAUUUGACAACUCAUCAACUCAUUCAAAAAAAGGUCUUGAGGGUACCUUAGCCCUAGAGCCUCUUUAUAGAAAUGGCUGCCCUCCAGAACAACUCUCUGAGGAUUGUGCUGGUGGGGAAGACUGGCAGUGGGAAAAGUGCCACAGCAAAUACCAUCCUUGGGAGAAAAGAAUUCAAAUCUAAGAUUUCUGCCCACGCUGUCACCAAGAGAUGUCAGACAGCUUCCCGGACAUGGAAGGGGAGAGAACUUCUUGUUGUUGACACCCCGGGGCUCUUUGACACCAAGGACAGCCUGGACAUCACCUGCAGGGAAAUCAGCCGAUGUGUCCUCCAGUCCUGCCCCGGGCCUCAUGCCAUUAUCCUGGUUCUUCAGUUGGGCCGCCACACGGAUGAAGAGCAGAAAACCGUGGAGUUGAUCAAGGCUGUGUUUGGGGACUCAGCCAUGAAGCACAUGAUAAUCUUGUUCACGCGCAAAGACGAUCUGGAGGACCAGAGCCUAAGUGACUUUAUAGCAGAUGUGGAUGGGAAGCUAAAGAGCCUCAUUCAGGAGUGUGGAGACCGCUACUGUGCCUUCAGUAACAGCUGCAAAACAGCCCAGGCUGAGAAGGAAGCCCAGGUGCAGGAGCUGGUGGAGCUGAUAGAGAAAAUGGUCUUGAGGGUACCUUAG